AAGAAAAGGCUCAGAUUAUGCUUAUAAGGUUUUUAUCAUUAGCAACCUCUUUGAUCGAUUGAAGUCUUUUAGAAUAGAACAAAACUCUAUCUCACAAAUCCCAAGCGUUUUUAACAUAAGCAGUAAACCACGGGCAUGUAAAAUGAAAAGUACAGAAAACCCCGCGAUCAGCUGCCGAUUCAGCUAACCAUAAAAACUUUAAAGCCCUCCCAAGAGACUUUUGUAAGUGAUGUUUUUUAUUCAUCCCUAUUUUUUUUUCUUCUAGAUAAUCAGUGAACAUGGGGACGAUGUUCAGGAGUGAGGAGAUGGUGCUAUGCCAGCUGUUCGUGCAGCCCGAGGCCGCGUACGUGUCCAUGUACGAGCUCGGAGAGGCCGGCAUAGCACAGUUCAGGGAUUUAAACCCUCACGUCAACGACUUCCAGCGUCGCUACGUGAGCGAAGUGCGGCGCUGCAGCGAGAUGGAACGCAAGCUGCGGUGGGUGGAGGGCGAGCUGCCCGAGCCACCGCCGCCGCCCAAACCAGACCGCUGCAGUCUGAGCCCUCGGGAGAUUAAUAUCUUAGAAGAAAGAAUCGAUUUCAUAGAAUCGGAAAUCCAAGAGAUCACUCGUAACGCACGCAAUUUGAAAAGCGAUUAUCUAUCGCUUAUAGAAUUGAGGACUUUGAUAGAGAAAAUGCAGACCUUCUUCCAAGACCACAGCGCUCAACGGAAGAUUUCCGCUUCAGUGCAAAUUUACAACAACGAUGCAGUGCUUGGGCAUCUGGGGUUUAUUGCGGGAGUGGUGACGACGGCGAGGAUACCGGCCUUCGAGAAGAUGCUGUGGAGAAUAUCGCAUGGAAAUAUAUUCUUUAAGCAAGCCCAAAUUGACGAGCCACUUAAGGAUCCUAUUACGGGUCACGAGCUUCAAAAGACUGUGUUCGUCGUCUUCUUCCACGGAGAACAGAUCAAGCUUCGUGUGAAGAAAGUGUGUCACGGUUUCAAAGCCACGCUCUACCCCUGCCCUGCUACAUACAAGGAUCAGUUAGACAUGCUCGCUGGAGUCGGAUCGAGGAUCAAAGACUUGGAACUGGUGUUAGAACAAACAGAGAACCACAGACGUUUAGUCCUAACGAACAUUGCUCGCGACAUCAGUACCUGGAUGGUGGCUGUAAGGAAGGAGAAGGCCAUAUACCACACGCUGAACAUGUUCAGUAUGGACAUCGUCAAGAAGUGCCUGAUCGCUGAGUGCUGGGUGCCUCGGGGAGACUUGAGUACGGUGCAGAAGGCAUUGGAGAAUGGAGUGAAAGCAAGUGGAAGUCCAAUUCCCUCGAUCCUGCACUACGUCCCGACACACGAAAUCCCGCCGACAUUUAACAGAACCAACAAGUUCACCAGAGGCUUUCAGAACCUCAUUGACUCCUAUGGAAUAGCCAGCUACAGAGAAGUCAAUCCAGCCUUAUACACGAUCAUAACAUUCCCGUUCCUAUUCGCCGUGAUGUUUGGAGACGUCGGCCAUGGGAUCCUCAUGACUGCCUUCGCCGCCAUCCUAGUCAUUUACGAGAAAAGAUUCACCAAGAUCAAAACGGACAAUGAAAUCUGGAACAUUUUCUUUGGCGGCCGCUAUAUAAUAUUGCUAAUGGGAAUAUUCUCUAUAUAUACUGGCUUGAUAUACAAUGACAUGUUUUCGAAAUCCCUCAAUAUAUUUGGAACAAGUUGGAGAAAUGUGUAUCCUGAUGGAGUUCUGAAAAACCACUCUAUGCUUGAAUUGGAUCCUAAAACUGCUUAUACACAGACGCCUUAUCCGUUUGGAUUGGACCCUGCUUGGCAGUUCGCAUCAAACAACAUAAUAUUCUUAAAUUCAUUCAAGAUGAAAUUGUCCAUAAUAUUCGGCGUGAUCCAUAUGGCGUUCGGUGUAACAAUGAGUGUGGUAAACUUCAACUUCUUCAGGAAGCCAGAGAUGAUAUUUCUUCAGUACAUACCGCAGAUUUUGUUCCUUUUGCUGCUGUUUUGGUAUCUAUGUCUGCUGAUGUUCAUGAAGUGGACUAUGUAUUCUGCUGUGGCAACGGACGAUGCUCUCGGCACAUCAUGCGCCCCAUCAGUACUGAUUAUCUUUAUCAACAUGAUGUUAUUAAAGAACGCUGAAGACAAGCCUCCGUGCAAAGCCAUGAUGUAUGAUGGACAGGCACAGCUUCAGAAGGCGUUCUUAGCAAUCGCCUUCCUCUGCAUACCGGUCAUGUUGUUCGGCAAGCCAGUCUAUAAGGUGGUGAUGGCGAAGAAACAGAAGCAAUACCAGCAAGGCGUGGAGACGGGUGAAGUGGCUGAGAAGGAGGGUCACGACGGCGGCAUGGCGGAGGAGCUCAUCACGCAGUGCAUACACACCAUCGAGUACGUGCUGGGCGCCGUGUCGCACACCGCGUCCUAUCUGCGGCUGUGGGCGCUCUCGCUGGCGCAUGCACAGUUAUCAGCGGUGCUAUGGCAGCGCGUGCUGCGCAUGGGCAUGGGCGAGCCGGGCGUGACGUCCAUCAAGCUGUACGUGAUAUUCGCAGUGUGGGCCUUCUUCACGCUCGCCAUACUGGUGCUCAUGGAGGGCCUGUCCGCUUUCCUGCAUACGCUGCGAUUGCACUGGGUGGAAUUCAUGAGCAAAUUCUACGAAGGCCAAGGGUAUGCAUUCGCACCGUUCUGCUUCACGGACAUCUUAGAGAACGAGGAUGAUGAGCGCAAAGCUGCGGAAACCAACGGGGGUCCGCCCGAGUGACCACAAGACUAAUUAGGAUAAUAGAUAAGGCCUUACCUAGAUGAGGUAAACGCGCUACGCUGGUGACGUGGAGAGUGACAGUCGCGAGGGAUUAGCUUAAUCGAAAAGAAUCGAGAAGUUAUCGAUCGGAAUCGAUUUUGAGAUGAACGAAAAUAAUCGAUAUUAUAAAAAUGAUAUCUAAAUCAUCGUACUACGAAUUUAAAACAGAACGUCUGAAUGUUUUCAUCGCUGGAAUGUCAUAAUGAACAUAAACCGAUAUGUCAUAUAAGGAAAACAAAUCUAAUCGAUAAGUAAAACGCCAGAAAAUUCACUCGGAUAAGUCCGACUCGAUUUAAAUCGUUUGAAUUCCAACGCGACUGCCACUAGACAUCUAUUUAUAGCUUUUAAAAAUGUUUUCGAAUAUAAUUUACGUACAAAGAAAAAUUAAGAUUACCUAGAAAUUAGAUUUAGUAGCAUUCUGAAUUUGUUGCUAGAUUUCAGAAUUGUGACUAGAGUGCAUACAUUAAAUUUUAUAAAUUAUUUACAGAGAGUUUAGAAAACGUACAAUUUGGUGGCAAUAGUUAAUUUAAAAUGUUGUUUUUGCCUUCAAAUAGUGUGUGACUAUGAAUAGAAUCACUAGCUUAUCCGAAAUUUUGUAUUUUCGGAGUCUUUUAGUACAAAAUCAGAAUAAAAGACAUCGUAUGUGACGUGUAUAUGAAAGCAAAGUUGUGAUAGUAUUCGCAUUAUGUUAUAACUCACAACAACGUUCAUUAAAUAUUUAACUUUAGGGUAAGCGAAAUAAGAUAUAUUUUUGUUUGUUAAGUCAUUAUUGGACCGUUUUACACGCACUCGCGCUGUCGAAUAUAUUUUAUUUUUAUUGACGUAAUAAUGUUUUGUAGUAAAAAUAAGGAAUGUUUGUUUAUGAGGCGCGGGAUGUGUUCGGCGGACGGAGGCAAGUAUUAUCUUUAGUUCCAAGAUUUAAUUAGUUCACAAGUGGUUCAAGGGAAGAUUAAAACAGACACAUGACACGUAGACUAUUAAAUUAUAAACAGUUGUGCCAUAAGACAAUGUGAGCGCGUGUAAUCGACAAUUAUUAUUAUUAUUAUAUUUUUAGCCAAAGAUAUGUUUUCUUUUUUCAAUUUUAUCGCAUGUUUGUUGAGCAAUCGUUUCUCGUGUAAAUAUUAUGAUAGUGCCUUCAAAACUAGCGAAUUAUUAAGUAUUCACACUUUAAAUAUUAUAAGGAAUGUUCCAUCUUGUAAUUUAGUCAAAGUGCAUGAGUAGUAAUAUAUUAUGAAAUUAUAUUUUAAGAGAGAUGUAAACAUUAGUACGCAACAAUAAAAUCAAAUAUCAUUAAAAAUAAUUACAAAAUAUCACAAAUUUAGUUUAGUUGGCUAGUGAGUACAUCUCUCUUUAAUUAGUCAUUUUUGUUAAAAAUCAGAAAGAUAUAUGACCUAAUUUUAAUUAUAUUAAAAAAAAAACAAAACAUUUUGACAUAAACUUUCAUUUGUCAAAGUGUUUUAUCAAAUAAUUUAUUUUAAUGAUCAGAUAUUUUCAAUAUUAUAUUUUUCUUGUUAGUUAUUUUUAUUAUUUCGUUAUUAAUAUACGGACCAAUUCGUGGCCUUAGCAUAUUAUGAGACAUAUCAAGAAUGAAUAAAAUCAAACUCUACGGUAACAAAGUUUAUAUAAGAGCUUUAUUAAAAUCGUUUAAUGAUCCACACGUUACCCAACGGCACGGUACGGCUACAAGUACACUCAAAUAUUUACGCAGACAGACAAUUUAUAAACAACACUAUUUUUACGCCAUUCCUCAAUAAACAGUUUUUGACCAUUA